AUGGAGGAAUACAUAUGGGCCAGGGGAAUGAGAGAUGGGGGAGGGGGAGGGGCCAGGGGGAUAGAAGGAGAUGGUGGGAGACAGGCCAGGAGGAUGGGAGGGGGUGGAGGGGGAUGGGCCAGGGUAAAAGAAGGAGAUGGUGGGAGACGGGCCAGGAGGAUAGGAAGUGGUGAAGGGAGAUUGGCAAAGGGGAUGGGAGGUGGGGGAGUGGGAUGGGCCAGGGGGAUAGAAGGAGAUGGUGGGAGACAGGCCAGGAGGAUGGGAGGUGGUGGAGGGGGAUGGGCCAGGGUAAUAGAAGGAGAUGGUGGGAGACGGGCCAGGAGGAUGGGAUGUGGUGAAGGGAGAUUGGCAAAGGGGAUGAGAGAUGGGGGAGUGGGAUGGGCCAGGGGGAUAGAAGGAGAUGGUGGGAGACAGGCCAGGAGGAUGGGAUGUGGUGAAGGGAGAUUGGCCAAAGGGAUGGGAGGUGGUGGAGGGAGAUUGGCCAAGGGGAUGGGACGAGAUUGA